AUGCUAAGUUUAUUAAUGUUACUGCUGGCCAUAAUGACUGCUGUGAUGGCAACUGGCGGCAACAAACAGUCCGCACAAACCACGGUAAGCUCGUAUAGAAAACUUUAUAUAAUUUUUUUUCAAGGGCGUAGCAUGAGAUUUUUUAGGUGUACGCACGAGGGGAAGAAAAGUUGUAGUGCCGAAGGCGGCCCACCUUAGGGAGAUCUGUGUGCAUGCUACCCCACAUUUUUUAAAAUUUAGGGUCUCGGAAAUGCCACUUCCAGCGUUUUCUGCAGGAUAUUUUCAGUAAAUUUAUACUAAAAUGCAAUCAGUUGUGUGUUUUUCCAAUCUCUAGUGUUGUCGGUAAGGUACAGUGUUUACGGGAAAAAAUGGCCUGUGACGUCAUCAGAAUUAUGGGAUAAUAAAAGGAUAACGGACAUACUAACACAAGGACACCAAUCAGUAGUGGCGAAAACUGUAUCAUUCAUUCUGAUUUAAUAAUAAAAAAUACUUAUUCAGGAAAUAAAAAUAUAUUUUUAUUAUACCAAGUCAUUUGACAUGAGAUAAUUUUGCUUAGCGCGACCGAGAGUUCUACGUGGCGGUGCACUCGUUUUCUGAAGAGUCUCGUAAUCAGAAACUGACUCGAAUUUGGUUGGAGUAAAUUUGGCCACUAAAGGUGACGAACGUUAUCCUCAAGAUCUGCCAAUAUACAUAAUAUAUCUUCAGCAAAGGUGGGGGAAAAAUCCGCCACUAAAUAGGUCGAUACAGUUACAAAAAGUAAAUAAUUAGAGCAGAGGCAGGCAGCAGGGAAGGUGGUGGAAAAUUACGAGAAUUCAGUUCGAACCAAGUGAUGCAUGUGCACUGUGUGAUAGUGAGCAGUCUAAAGGGGCGAGCACACGGUAAAACAUGGUUAAGAGCUAUUGACACCUGGAACGCCCUAGACUCUGAUUUGUUAGGAGCCAGAUACGCUCCAUACCUGCCGCCUGAGCCUGAGGCUCCUUGUCUAAGUAAAUGACUUGUCAUAAAAUCUCAUUAUGAUGACGACUUAAUGGUGUCUUUUUUUUCCAUAUUUUAGCUGUACAUGUCCGCACGGGCGUAUGUGAGUAUAUGGACGCGAAGUCGUUACGCCCCUGACAUUUGACGAUAGGGAGCUUAAGCAACGACGACGGCGACGUCAACGAGAACGGCAAAAAAGCAAUAGGUUUAGAUUGGCAUAACAACAACUUUGCACGUGCGUCACGCUUUUUUGUACAUUUCUUUCCGUCACUGCACGACUACGACUUGAAAAUGCCUACUGUCACGUUUUGUGGAGGACUUGAAGACAAGACAAGGACUUUCUCUUUCUUUUCCUGACCUUCGGUACAGAGUUUUAGACCUGAUUAAACUCCAGAAAUCGUUGCCAACAUUUGACGAAACAAACGAGAUGACAUAAGAGCGAUAAAGUUUAACUAAUCGCGACUUUACUUCAUUUUUGCAGCCGUCGCCGUCGUUGUUGCUUAAGCUCCCUAAUAAAGCUAUGAGAGGGGAAGAUGAAACCUAUUUAAGAAGCAGGCAGGAAAAGCGAACACAUGAAAAUGAUAAAUGCCACUUUUACUGAAUCUGAGACCUUAGGAAAUUCAAAGUUUCAGUUGAAAGUUCGUUGGACAAACAUUUUGUAAGCUAUAGCUGUUUCUACUAAAAGUACAGGCCUUUCUGCCUUUCAGCUGUUUGCAAACUAAACUUGAGUACAAUCAGGAUUAAUCACAUACUCGGAGACCCAGGGGCAGAUAGUGGGGGCGAGGGAAAGUCUAAACGGGCGGAAAAAUAUGGCACGAAGAAAAGUUCUUUACUUUUCUUCGUGCCAUAUUUUUCCGCCCGUUUAGACUUUCCCUCGCCCCCACUAUCUGCGCCUGGGUCUCCGAGGAUGGAUUAAUCAGUCGAAGGAUAACAAAUACAUGUAUUUUUAAUAAUUUUAAAUAUUUUCUUGUUUAAAAAUAGCAGUCUCCAUCGUUUUGUUAUGGUGGUUGUGGCAUUCCCGGCAUGCCCGGCAAGCAUGGUACUCCUGGGGCACCAGGCCGCGACGGACGUGAUGGCCGUGAUGGAGCUAAAGGUGAUCAAGGAUUGCAGGGGAAGACUGGACCUCAGGGACCUCCUGGUGAUAAGGGACCUGCUGGUGUAAAGGGAAAGGAAGGGGCUAAAGGAGAACCUGGAGCCCAGGGUCCUCCCGGUCAAAUAUGGGAACUUGGCCCGAUGCCCUUUAAGAACUGGAAAGAGUGCGUCUGGAAAAACGUGAAUGAUAAUAGGGACAGUGGUCUCAUCAAGGUGAGUCGUGCAUUUGCAAUUGAUCGGCAUACAAUUAUCAAAUUUACACACAAUAUAGAGCGUGCAGCAGCCAUUUCCCGAAAGGCCUUUUGAUUGCCAGUGCAGAUACCAACAAACAGCUAUUGGCUUCUGGCAUACUCUCUUAUAAAACGACAUCCUCUAUAUAGCGGCCUAGUUACACACGUAGGCUUGUAUAAAUUCUGUGGGCAGAAUUUCGAGCGCAUAAGGCACUCUUUCCAGCAUUAUCAACGGUUGGCUAUUAUCAAAACUUUUUAAAAACUGUGAAAAUAGUAAUUGCAAAAUAAGAUUAAUAUAGGAUUAAAAAAAAUACUAUUUCAACUAAUCCGAGCAAAAUCAGGCGAUGAAUAGCCUGCGUAGCAGAUGUUUGAAAGGGUGGGGGAGCGGAAUUCCAGGGCGCGCGAUAAUCGCGAAAGGUAGUCCCCCGUGCGCGGUCUCGCUCCCAAAUUCCCUUCCACUUCACUUACGAACGCCUGUCACCCAGGCUAUACAAUAAAAUGCGAUUUCGUUAUGCUUCAAUGAGAGUUACGUCCUUUUUCCCUGCCAUGAUUGCAAAAUUCAAAAUGCCGGAAGGCCUGGAAUUCUUUUCCCGGCAUCCAGCACAAUUUAGCUACUUCGUGUUUCGGUCUACCCGGUCGUCUUUCUCCAGUUUGUGGCGCGCCCUCUUUUUAUUUGAGCGUAGGUUUAACUACUCCUCACCGUAAAUAAGAUGCAGUUACUAAAACUACGGUGACAAUCACUUCUCUCGCGCCGUCCCCACCAUCUUAACGCCUUCAUGGAUCAGGCUAUAUUAAAAAUAACUCUAGGACGGUGAUAUUAACAAGUUCAAGCGACUGGGUGAGGCCAAUUUUUAUUUUUUGCAAACUUCAGUUUAAAGAAACUGACUACGCUUGUAAAGUUUUCAAGAAUGUCACAAUUUUUAUCAGUGUUUCGGGUAAAACUUUGAGGGUUUGGCAUAACAGAAGCAUGCUUGUGUGUGUGAUUACUGAACAGCUCUGAACAAAUGUCUUGACCUUCUUGAAUAUGAUUUCUUGGUUUGGUUCUACAAAAAAUAAAGGGUUAACGUGUAACGGUUUCUCUGGCCUGUAUCUCAUGGUAAGACUCUCAGCCUAGUCUCUGCUACUAACAAGGACGUUUCAUCUCUCAGUUGACUCUGAAGACUUAUGCGCCGAUCAAUUCGAAACUUUAACAUCCCAAAGCAACCCCCUUGGCAUUUGAACUUUUUAAGGUAUGCCUGGUCAGAUUCUUCUUUUCUCCUCAGCAGAGGCUCCCGCUGGGUAUCCCAUUGUCCCACGCGCGCUUCCUUUUUCUCUCUCCCCAGCUUCCCUACGAUACAAAGAGGCCUUUGCGGAGGAAAGAGAAAUUCUCCUUACAAAUUACCCCAAGGUAGUGGUCAAAUGCCUCUCCCAAAGAGGAAAUGUUUUAAAAAUAUAUGGUGUGUGGAUUAAUGAAAAGUAAAUGUUUCGGACGUCUUAAAGUAAGUCGGGCUUAUAUCUCUCAGUGAUAAUAUACUUUGUAUUAAAAAAGGGAGGGAAAUUGGGGUCAUGGUAACAAAAUUAGAUACAUGUGGCUUUUGAAGUCCCUGUCGAACAAGCCUUUUUUUUCACAAAAGAUGUGUCUUUAACUUUAAAGUCUUCCAUCUAAUCAUGAGAAAGAUCGCAUCUAUCGAACUACGUUGUCAGACACCGGAUCUUAAAAAGAAUUUAACUUGAGGCUUGCGGUUCAAAUUCACCCAUCCCCGGCCACAAGUGAUGGUCAAAUGCCCGGGGUUUGCCGGGCAACGUUAAGGUUUCGAGUUGGUCGGCACAUCCGAUUUCCAGCAACCAAUACGCGUGACAUCUGGAAUGUCAAAGAUCUAGCUUAAAACGGUCUCUAACGCUGUAUGAAGGGUUUGGAGUGAUGGAGAGGAGGCCAAGCCAUUGACGGGGUCACCGUUUCUACGGGCUGCGUUGACGGGGCCAGUUUUAAAACCUAAGGGUGCUUGAUCAUGGUGGGUCUAUUCCUAGCCAGCAAAAUCUUGUAUAGCAAAUUAAGAAAUGCAUAAAGCAAGGCUGACUACAGCGCUAUUGGAUUACAUUAGUCCCUUUUUCCAAAAAAGGAUAAAAUCAACCUCCCAGCUGUGGAGUCAGCCUUGCCUCUUCAUUUAUCAACUGAUUUAUUUGUCUAUCCACACGGACUACAACUACUAGGCAGUUGCUAUUAGAUCUAAGCUAGAUCUAGGUUUUGGAUGUCAUGGAACAUGGAACAACGUGUUGCCGAGCCUCUUGGUUAACAGAUUUUCUGUCAAAUUUUUUGCAGGACUGUGUUUUCACCAAAAACUUUUCUGAUACUGCCCUUCAUGUUUACUGGACGGGUGCAUUGAGAAUUUACAACUGCAAUGGCUGCUGCAAACGUUGGUACUUCACUUUCAAUGGCGCUGAAUGUUCUGCUCCUCUGCCCAUUGACGGAGUUGUCUACAUGCAGACAGGCGGUAAUAAAAAUCUUCAUCGUGUCCGCCAUAUUGAGGGGCACUGUAAUAACAUUCAUAAAGGAAAAGUGCGCGUGGGAUUCUGGAUAGGAAAUUGCCCCGGAUAUGGAAACGCUGAUGGGUACACUGGAUGGCAGUCAGUGUCCCGCGUAUUUGUUGAAGAAGUUCCUAAAGCUCAAGCUUAA